AUGCCCAACCGCAUCAUGUCUACGUGCUGGAAAGCCGCGCGCUCCCCGAGGAUGGUGGCGGCGGGGCGCUUUCUUCCCCUCCCGCGUCCCUGGCGAGAAGGAGCUCGCCCGGGCGCGGCUCGGGCAGGCGAGCGCGCCGGCGGGCGGAGGAGCUCGCCGGUGUGCGGGCGUGGCUCGGGGCGGCGGGCGCGGAGCGGCGCGGCGGCGGGCGUGGCUGCUAGGCGGGCGCGUGGAGCUCCGGCGGUCGUGGGGGCCGGGCCUGAUCUGGGCCGGGCUGGCCAUGGCGGCGCGGCGGUUGGCCGGCGCGAGCCCCCCGGUCGUGGAGGUGCUGCGGAUUGCUGCAGCUACGGCGGCCACGGCGAGGGCCCUGGGCCGGGAGGGCUGCGUGGCGGCGGCUUCGGUGUUGGCCACAAGGUUGCUGCGGGGGUUUGCAUGGUGGUUGGUGUGCCGUCGCCGGCGUGUGGAGGCCAGGGCGGGCGCGGCAUGUUCCUGGGAGGAGGAGCUCGGUGA